GCCACCACGCGAAUGACGCAUGUCUCCCAUCUUCCAAAAAAAUACACAACACACCACACCACCAUAACACAUCACCAUGACCACUGUUCCAGAGACAACCCCAUCCCCAUUCACAUUCUCCACCACCCACCCGAUCCACCGCCAAUACCACUUCCCACCCUUCUACACGCCCCAACCCAUCCUCUCCACCCACCACGCCCAACUCUCCCAAUGGGCCGUCCUAAUCCUCGACUACUGCCGGCACAACCGCAUCUACUCGCUCUCGCUCUCCCAGGUUUCCUACUCCAAGGGCACGCGGCCGGACCUGAGCGCGCACCCGCACGCCGUGCUGUUCUACAAUGCGGCCAUUCCGCGGUGGGUUGAACCGGCGUUUGCGCGGGAGAUUGUGGACUGGAUGGCUGGUGAGGAAGGGGGGAUGAAGGCGGAGUGGCGGGAUAAGGUGGGCGGCUCGGGGAAGAAGGGUGAGGAUGCGGCGACGGGGGAUGUGUUUUGGGUGUAUUGGCGGAGGCCGGAGGAGUGGGCUGGGGUGAUUGAGGGGUGGGUUGAGGGGAGUGGGCAGAAGGGUGUUGUGUUGACUGUGUAUGAGCUGUUGAAUGGCGAUGCGACGGCCAAGGAGGAGUGGAGGGGUAUGGACGAGGAGUUGAUGGUGAAGAGCUUGCAGAUUCUGGUCAAGAGAGGGCGCGCGCAGGUCUUUGGUGGGGAUGGACAGUUGGGAGUCAAGUUCUUCUGAAGUUCUUGCGAUGUUGGACAUAUGCGGGAUAUAUAUGAAGAAAGUAAGAAGACUCUUGCGCCAGACAGGAGAAGGAAGACGGGCACCUCGGACCAGCAACGAGCAACUCCCA